CAUUGCUGUUCGUUGUGCCAGCACGUGGUUUGAUCUUAAAUAAAUAAAUGCGAUAUUUUGUAAAGAUAUAAUUGUUCACAAUGGUAAAAAACAAUUUGUUAACUUUCUGCAAGCGAAAUACAAAAUAUAAACAAAGAUUCUCACCUCCUGAGAUAUUUGAAAAUCUUAAACAAGAUGUAAUAUUGGAAAUAUUAUGUGAAUUUUUGAUGCAGCCAGAAUGCACAAAAGAUGUUGCUGAGUGUUUUUCAGAAUUUUUACCAGCUCUUAUUUCAAUGGCAAUACCUGCAGAUAAUAUACAGUCAUCUUCAUUGCUUAACAAAGAUAUCACUCACAGAUUAAAUUGUGUCAUAUUGGGAAAGUUAAUCAAUAUUAAUCCAGAUUUAUUAGUAUUUGUUUUGUGUUACUUCGACGUUAAUCCAUCACCUUUUGAGUUACCUGCAGAAACUUAUUUGGAUCUGACUGUACCAAUAAAAAGACAGAAUACAAGAAGAUUAUCCUAUAUUGUUUCAGAAGUGUCUGAAUAUGACAUUGUUACAGCAUGUCAUAAUAUACUGUGUUCUGCUAUUAAACAUUUUAAGUAUAAAUGGAACUGGUUUAAAUUCUACAAGUAUCUAACAAAUACAGAUAACAGAAUAAAAUGGGUUGCUUUAAAAUGUCUAGCAACAGUUCUGGAUAUGUCGCAUUCAACAAGACUGUUGUGCGCACAGAAAUUCAUCCCAAAUUUAAAAAAAUUUCUAAUUGAUUAUGAAGAUAGCAGUAUAGAUAUUAGUACCAGCAUAAAUAUUAGCACAGAUGUUAGCAUCGCUUGUGCAAGCUUCGAAUCAAUAGAAGAUGCAGUUAAAAAUAUCUCAUCUAUUAUAUCUGUUGCUGGUGUUCUAUUACCGACUCUUAGCAAAAUCAAAAAUACUGACAACUUGGUUCUAGUUUCUUCCACAAGAAAGAAUCUGCAAAAUCUGGCCAUGGCAAUUGGUUCCAGAAAAUGCAUCUGCUUGCAAGGACCAAUUGGCUGCGGCAAGACAGCAUUGGUGGAAUAUUUAGCUAAACUUACCGGACGCGACUCAUCAUCUUUUGUAAAAGUGCAGUUGGGCGAUCAAACUGAUUCGAAAAUGCUGCUAGGAAUGUACAGAUGUACUGAUGUGCCAGGCGAAUUUGUCUGGCAACCAGGUGUUCUUACGCAAGCAGUUGUUGCUGGAAAGUGGCUAUUGCUGGAGGACAUAGACAGUGCUGGCCUAGAUAUAGCUAGUGUUUUGAGCAAUCUGAUGGAGACCGGAACGCUUUGCGUGCCUGGCUAUCGUGACACUGUUCAUGCCAACAGUGGAUUUCAGUUGUUUGUCACUCAGCGACUUACGAUGUCUGUUACGGGUAUCCAAAAGCAUAUCACAGGCUCUUCGAGUUUAUUGCAGAAACAUUGGUUAUGCCUGAACGUAGAACCUUUGUCCAAAGAUGAAUUAAUUAUCGUAGUUCAAACAUUGUUUCCGGCGUUGAGUACUAUUGCUACUAAAAUAAUAGAUGUGUUUCUAUUAUUUUCGGUAGGUGAUCAUGAUAGUAAUAGCAAUACAAACAAUACUGUAUUAUCGUUAAAAAUCGGACGACAGACAUCGACGCGAGAUUUAGUAAAGUGGUGUUCGAGGGCGAUCGUUGACUUCGACGUUUCAUCGUCAGAAUCCGCAUUAAAACUUUUUCAAGAUGCUCUAGACGUUUUUUGCUCUUCAGUAUCUGAUCAAGCGCAACGAUUAAGCUUGGCGAUAGCGGUAGCUAACAAACUCGGUAUUAUAAAAACCAAAGCAGAGUACUUCUAUAAUAUACAUAAGCCCAGCAUAACGUUGCUCCCCGAAAUUUUAGUAGUAGGCAGAGCAAAGAUUUCUCGUAAAAAAAUACAAUAUGCAAAAAUAAACAAAGAAAAAACACAUUUCUCAUUCACAAGAUCUUCAUCGUGUUUACUGGAACGUAUAGCCAGCUGUGUGAUGCAGAAGGAGCCCGUGUUACUUGUCGGCGAAACUGGUGUCGGGAAAACAAGCACUGUACAAUACCUGGCAAAGUACACUGGUCACAAGCUAACGAUCAUAAACAUGAACCAACAAAGCGAAAGCGCGGAUUUAUUAGGCGGCUACAAACCUGUCGAUCUGAAAUAUCUGAUCUCACCCAUCCGCGAAGAAUUCGAAAUUCUGUUUCGAUCUUAUUUUGUAAUCGAAUCAAAUAAGAAAUUCUUAGAACAUAUAGCUAAGUGUUACAAACAGCAAAAGUGGAAGAAUCUUGUGACUUUGAUGAGUCAUAGUGCGCGCGCUGCUGUGAAACGAUUGAAAAACAAGUUUGAAGACAUCGAAAACAAUAUGUUAAAGAAAGAUGCAGCGCAAUAUUCCAAACAAAAUAAAAUCUCUUGUAUUGAUCACGAUAAGAAACUUGAUACAGAUAUGCUGAUGAAAUGGGAAAGAAUGCUAAAGAAACUGAACAAAUUAGAUACUCAGGUGAAGAAUCAACACGCGCUGACGUUUUCUUUUAUUGAAGGCAGUUUGAUAAAGGCUCUGCGAAAUGGUUACUGGGUUCUCUUAGAUGAGAUUAAUCUGGCAAACGCGGAGACAUUAGAAUGUCUUUCCGGUUUGCUAGAAGGUUCUUCGGAGUCGCUGUUACUUUUAGAGCACGGCAUUGGUGAAUCCGUAAAGAGACAUCCUGACUUUAUGAUGUUUGCCUGCAUGAACCCAGCUACGGAUGUCGGAAAGAAAGAUCUGCCAGUCGGUCUGAGAAACAGAUUUACCGAAUUCUACAUUGAUGAGUUGAUCGAACGGUCGGACCUCGAGUUGCUCGUGCAAACUUACCUAGCAGAACUGAAUCUCGCGCCGGAAAAGCACGAGGCGAUCGUUAAAUUUUACUUGAACAUUAGAAAGGAAGCUACUAACGUGUUAUUUGACGGUACGGCGCACAAGCCACAUUACAGUCUGAGAACGCUCUGUCGUGCCUUGUACAUUUCUGCAUCGAAUCCUUGCGGCAGCAUUUUGAGAUCUCUGUACGAAGCUUUCUCUCUGAGUUUUCUUACGCAACUUAAUUAUGACUCGUAUCCCAUUGUGCAGAAAAUGAUUGCAAAGGCUAUUCUAGACAAGAAAAACGUUAAAGCGAUUUGUGGCAUGGCCAUUCCUAAACCAAAAUGUGGUCCUAAAGAUGAAUACGUAUACGUUGAAGGAUAUUGGAUUCUUCAGGGAAGUCUAAUACCUAUAACACCCAGCAAUUAUAUAUUGACUGAUUCCAUCAAAAGAAAUUUGAAAGAUCUGGUAAGAGUGGUAUCAAUCGGGAAAAUUCCAGUUCUUUUGCAAGGUGAUACAUCGGUAGGAAAGACAAGUUUGAUCACUUAUCUGGCAAAAAUCACGGGACAUGUCUGCGUGCGUAUAAACAAUCAUGAGCACACAGAUUUGCAAGAAUAUGUCGGAAAUUACAUCGCAGACGAGACUGGAAAAUUGGUGUUCCAGGAAGGUAUUCUGGUCAACGCAAUGCGAAAAGGGCACUGGGUUAUCUUGGAUGAGUUAAAUUUGGCCCCAAGCGAUGUUCUGGAAGCUCUGAAUCGAGUUCUCGACGACAACAGAGAAUUGUUUAUCCCCGAAACGCAGCAAGUCGUAAAAGCUCAUGAACGCUUUAUGCUUUUCGCGACACAAAAUCCUCCGGGUCUUUAUGGUGGUAGAAAAGUUUUGUCUCGAGCAUUCAGAAAUCGAUUUGUAGAACUGCACUUCGACGAGAUACCACCGAACGAACUACAGAUGAUACUGAACAAAAGAUGCAACAUGCCCGAGUCAUAUUGCAAGCAAAUAAUUAAUGUAAUGACAGAUCUUCAAGUGAGACGCAAAGGCACAGCGGCUUUUGCCGGUAAAAGAGGAUUCGUUACUUUGCGAGAUCUAUUUCGUUGGGGUGAACGGUAUAGAUUGGUACCCGAUAUAGACAACAAGUUGUACGAUUGGAAUCAACAUCUCGCAGACGAGGGCUAUCUUGUUCUUGCGGCUAAAGUGCGCAAAUCGGAGGAAGCAAAUGAGAUAAGAGAAGUGAUAAAGAAACAUCUAAAAAGAGAUGUGAAUCCCGAUAGUCUGUUUACAUUGAAUGACAAAACUUCGCCGGUAACGAGACACAUAUUGGAGACAAUUUUGAACAACAGCAUCUCGAGAUUUGGCCAUAUUGUGUGGACUUAUCAUAUGCGCAGAAUGGCAGUAUUAGUGAAAAAAUCUUGCCAAUUCAAAGAACCAGUACUUCUAGUUGGAGAAACCGGUGGAGGCAAAACCACAGUUUGCCAACUGAUUGCUGCUAUCAACGGCCAAGCUAUGCGCAGUGUCAAUUGUCAUAUGCAUACCGAGUCAUCCGAUUUUCUAGGAAAUCUGAGACCUGUGCGAGAGCACACCGAGAGCGAUCAAAGACUCUUUGAAUGGGUAGACGGUCCUUUGAUAAACGCUAUGCGUAACGGCGAUUUAUUCUUAGCUGACGAAAUUUCGUUGGCCGAUGACAGUGUUUUGGAACGAUUGAAUUCUUUGUUAGAACCGGAACGUAGUCUUCUAUUAACAGAAAAAGGAAUAGAGUCUUCACAAGACAAAGAAAAUACCGUGAUUGUAGCAAACGAAAAGUUUGUGUUUAUUGGUACGAUGAAUCCCAGCGGUGAUUUUGGUAAGAAAGAGCUCUCGCCGGCUUUGCGAAAUCGUUUCACUGAAAUAUGGUGUGAGGGAUGCACAGUCAGAAGCGAUUUGCAAGACAUAAUAGUACAUAAUCUUUGCAUCGAUUCGCAAACAACGAAAGAAUCCGUUGCUAUUGCGAUAUUAAGAUUCAUUGAAUGGCUGCAAACCACGGAAGUAGGCAAAAAACUCACUGUGAGCAUACGUGAUAUACUCACCUGGGUCAAUUUCAUAAAUACAUGCACUUCCAAGGUAGUAUUGCGAAAACUGACGAUUGAAGAGGCGUACUAUCACGGCGCUUGUCUCACGUACAUUGAUAGUCUUGGAUCUGGUGCCACGAGUUCAGAAAAAAUCAACAAAUUAAAAGAGUUUAAAGAAGCUACUAUUCGAUUUAUUAAAUCGGAAGUUAAAAAUACCAUAAAAUCCGAACUUACUGCGGAAACGUCUUUGAUAAAGAAGAACGUCUUUGUAAAUGAAACAAAUAUAUUUGGAGUGCCACCGUUUUAUAUUAAGAAGAACUCUCAUGUUUCUAACGAAAGUCAUACGUUUAAGUUCACAACUACUACUACGAAAAUGAAUACGUUAAAGUUGUUGAGAGCGUUAAAAUUAAACAAGCCAAUUCUGUUAGAGGGCAAUCCGGGUGUAGGAAAAACUAGUCUGGUUUCUGCACUUGCCAAAGCUGUAGGACAUACAUUGAUUAGAAUUAAUUUAAGCGAUCAAACGGACGUAUCCGAUUUGUUUGGAGCCGAUCUUCCCGUAGAAGGUGGGAAAAGCGGCGAAUUCGCGUGGCGAGAUGGACCAUUUUUGCGAGCAUUGCGUUCCGGAUAUUGGAUUUUGCUUGAUGAAUUAAAUCUCGCCUCUCAGUCCGUUCUAGAAGCUCUUAAUGCAUGCUUCGAUCAUAGAGGGGAAGUGUACAUUCCUGAACUGGACAAAACGUUUUCAGUCAAGUCUGAUACGAAGCUAUUCGGCUGUCAAAACCCUCUGGGGCAGGGUGGCGACAGACGUGGAUUACCGAAAUCCUUUUUAAAUAGAUUUACUCAAAUUUUUGUGGAUGCGUUAAUAGAGACUGACUUAAAAGAUAUACUCAAUAAACAAUUUCCGGAACUUUCCAUGGAUAUUAUUAACACCAUGGUCAAAUUCAAUAAUAGAUUGGUGUCAGAAGUUGGCGUCACAUGGGGACAUAGUGGUGCUCCUUGGGAAAUGAAUUUACGAGACAUCAUCCGGUGGUGUGAAACAACCAUCAAAACCGCUUACGAAUUAAACGAUAAUAGUCCAUAUUUUAAUCCAAGCGAUAGUGUGGAGCUUAUUUAUAUUAAUAGAAUGAGGACUUACGAAGAUCGACAAAAAAUCUACCACAUAUAUCAAGAAAUGGUCUCACUUGACAAAUAUCCACUUCCAUCUAAUCAGCUAUCUAUGUACAUCACAGCAGAUGAACUUCACAUUGGCGAUACGAGGUUAAGUCGGAAAAAUUAUUGCGAGUACGAAGAUUGUAAUUUGUUAGUGCUUAGAGACCAAAAGUCAGCAUUAAAAAGUCUUAUGCAAUGUGUUAAAAUGAAUUGGAUGUCUAUCCUGGUCGGUGUUUCGGGAUGUGGAAAGAGUACCGUGGUUCGUCUUCUUGCUGCUUUAACAGGACAGAAGCUAAGAUCGAUAGCAAUGAAUUCUGCGAUGGACACAACAGAGAUAUUAGGUGGCUUCGAACAGGUACGAAAGAACGUAACGCAAUGCGACUUUUCUUUUAAAUAUUUCGGUAUUUUCUACUAA